CUCGUAAUUUAAGGAAAAAUAAUACUUGAAAAUGGGUGAACGUAAAGGCCAAAACAAGUACUAUCCGCCGGACUAUGAUCCGAAGAAGGGUGGUCUCAACAAGUUCCAGGGCACCCAUGCCUUGAGGGAACGCGCCCGGAAGAUCCACCUUGGAAUAAUCAUCAUCAGAUUUGAGAUGCCUUACAAUAUCUGGUGCGACGGUUGCAAGAACCACAUCGGUAUGGGGGUGCGCUAUAAUGCCGAGAAGACCAAAGUAGGAAUGUACUACACCACGCCCAUCUUCAAGUUCCGGAUGAAAUGCCACCUGUGUGACAAUCACUUCGAGAUCCAGACGGAUCCCGGCAACCUGGACUAUGUGAUUCUAUCCGGAGCUCGACGGCAAGAAAACCGAUGGGACCCGCUGCAAAACGAGCAGGUUGUGCCCGAAACCAAAGAGGUGCAGAAGCGGCUGUUUGACGAUGCCAUGUACAAGCUUGAGCACAAGGCUAAGGAUGCCCAGGUGGCCGCCGACUCCAAACCUGUGCUGCAGAAGCUCGUGGAGCGUAACUUGGGCGUGUGGGACGACAGCUACGAGGCUAACUGCCGUCUGCGGGCCGAAUUCCGGCAACAAAAGCAGGAGAUCAAGGGUCAGCAGGAACUGGAUCGUCAACUGCUGGCCAAAAGCAGUCUGGACAUUCAACUUCUUCCGGAGACGAGUCAGGACCGGGAGAUGGCCGCUCUCAUGAAGCUGCAAACAAAGUCGGCGUUGGAAAAGCAAUCAGAGCAGCGGCUGGAGCUGCUCAUGCGACCAGCCCUUCCAGGAGCCACGGCCACCACUUUUGGCGGCCUCAAGCGGCAGAAAGCGCUAAACAAUCACCUUCACUUGGAAGAUUUGGGAAUAAGGCGUAAAAAAUUAAAAGAAUCACAGCCCGAAACAUCCACAGUAAAAUCAGCCACCCAUAGUUUAGUUGGAGACUAUUCCUCCUCCUCGUCCUCAGAAGAAUCGUAGUUUUAUGGAGGACUU